AUGGAAAUUCUCUCCCUUUUUCAACCCACGAAGGAGCGGAGGGUUGGUGUGUUUGUUGGUCGAUAUAUAUCGAAGCCACGGCAAAAGGGGAGGACGGGACAAGAGGCAGAGGUAGAAGCAGAGCGGUGGAGGACGAGGGUGGUCAAGGGAGGCCGUCUGGCGAAUCGUGAAUGCUUGCUGAAUCGUGGGAAACGGGCACAAACCAAAAAACCUGUAACGACUGAGGGACGACGGUCGACAACUGGCGGGAUUGGGAUUGGGCGACCAGGGCAGAAGCUUAGCGGCGAGACAAGCGGCCGGGAUGAGCUAGACGACGGGCCACAGGAGAACGAGUGA